AUGGCGCUAGACUUGCAGGUAGUUAACAUUAAGCUACUAGCUGCUAGAUUGAGAUGUUGGACGUGUCCAACUUCCACUCUCUUCGACUGGAGUCAGCUAGUUAUUAAUAACUACAAGAUCACACUCGUUAAAACUUGUGAGUGCAGACGUAUGGCCAAUAAAGUUGAGUGUAACGACUGGGUAUUUCUCCAAGUCGAAGCUAAUCUAUGUUACUUCAAUUUAUAUAGAUCACGGAUAUUUGUGAACAUGAAGUCGAUCAUACACAUAAGUUUGUAA